CGCCAUCUGAUCGGGUUAAUCCCAUCAUUGGUGCUUUCAUUGAGAGUUAACGGUGAUACGAAAUUGUGCGAUUAUGGCCGGACGAAGGAUGAGAUGUAACACCGCCGCUUCCGCCCAGUCAACGGUGAGGAGCGACCAGCCUGAACAAGGCAUGGUUGUUCGAGUCAAUGGCCGGGAAACGACGUUGAAUAAUGUGGCUAACAUGAUGGCCAACAUUAUGGAACGCUUAGAUCGGGCUCUGCCUGGCCCAUCUAGUACCUGGAAUGUCCCUGCCGGGCAGCCCCGCCAGGUCCUGCGUACUGCCAGUACUCCCAUCCUCCAGGAGCUUCACGAUCCGGAGGAGGUCGAGAGGGAGAGACAGGCUAUCGCUAGGCGCCAAGCGGAGGAGUUGGCCCGGAAUAAUAGGGCGAAUGGGGAUCAAACCAGGGCCGUGAGUCAAAUCGUAGGCAAUGGAAACGGAAACCCGCGAAGAACAGUUUUUGAAAGGAUAUCUCACCAGAGGGCUCACGUUAGUGAGAGGCUGGGGAAGAAUCUGAACAAGGCACCCCAAGGCUCGGUACGACCCCAGACCAGCCAAGUGGCAUCCUCUAACCGUGAACCUCGGCAGCAAACCGGCCGGGGUGGGAGCCAAGCGCCAAUGCGGCCAUUGGUGGUCUUGGACGAAGCGGAAGUUCAAUGUCAAGCCAGGGUCGCAGUGAUGCAAUGUCUGGGGCCACAAGUACCGGAAGCUGGCGAGUUCCAGGAUUUGAGACAACAGAUCCAUGAGAUGCAGAGGAAAAUGAACAGGGUGAUGAUCGCCAUGGAUGCCAGCGACGCGUUGAUGUGCCUAUGUUUCUUGCAGACGGUUGAUAGCAAGGUUGCGGAUUGGGUGAAUCACAUUCCGGCCAGAUCGAUCCGGACUUGGGAUGAGUUGGGAUUGCGGUUCCUAGAGCAUUUUGCAGGGAACUGCCGUCCCAAAAAGCAUUUUACCCACUUGGCCUUAGUACGACAGAAGCACGGGGAGUCUCAGAAGAACUUCCUCGUCAGGUGGAGAAAAGAAUCUAGGGAGGUUGAAGGAACCGACGAUAAAUCCAGGUUAGCCAUGUUCACAGCGGCACUGCAAGAUCGUCUCCUUCUUACCGAUCUCACAACUCAUCCCCUGGAUACCUUUGAGGAGGCAAUGGUUCGGGCUGGAAGGAAGAAACCAAACGCCAAACCUCUCUAACUUGAUUAGCAUCACCAAGAUGUGCUCCUACGGGUUUAGAAACAUUUGAGUAAAGGUAGUGAUAUAUAUUUAAUGAUAUACCUAUGCCCUUUCACUCAAAAUGUUAUUUAUAGUGUCCAAAAUAUUCUUAGUUGGGGUUAUUUUGAAAAAGGAACAAAAAAAUCAAGUUUUGGAAAAUGU